CCUGCGUCCCAGGACACAUAUUUGGAGUGGCUUUCGGCAGACGAACAACAAACGGAGAGAAUGAAAAUCCUGCGUGACAUCCGGGCAAUGGUUUUGCCCACUCAGGUGUGCGCGCUGCUGCCCUUCUUCAGCGGCGAGGAGCACGAGGAGAACUUUCGAUUGAGCGGAUGGGGCAGAUGGUAUGGCAGAGUGAUUGCUGCGCUGCUGCUGGUGAGCUCGGCGCUGCUGUGCCAGGAUGUGCUGUUCGCCUCGCUGGAGUACAAGCUGGUGGCCAGCUCGCUGGGCGACACCGAGGAGAUCAAUCGCACCAUCGAGACGCUCUUCUGCAUCUGCAGCUACACGAUGAUGGUGCUCUCCAGCGUGCACAAUGGCUCGAAGCACUGGAGCACGCUGCGGGACAUUGCGCGGAUCGACGAGUAUCUGGAGGUGAACGGCUUCAGGGAGAGCUACAGCUGCCGCCUGCUGGGUGCCCUGGUGGCUGCCACCUCCACGAGCGUGGUGCUGGUGGCCUUCUAUUACGUUCACUUUCUCAGCGGCAUCGGCAGUCGUAGGCAGUGGAUCCUCAUGCUGGUCUACAGCCUGCAGAUGCUCUACUCCGGUGUGUUUGCCGUCUAUCUGCGCACCAUCCUCAAGAAUCUGGCACUGCGCAUCGAGUUCCUCAAUCGGCGGCUGGAGGAGUUCACGCGGCUGGAGAGGAGCGGCAGGCGGAACGAUCGCGAGAACUGGCGGGAGCUGAGCAACCUGAUUGAAGUCUUCUGCAAAUUCCGCUACAUCACGGAGAACCUGAACUGUGUGGCCGGUGUGGGUUUGCUCUUCUACUUUGGCUUCUCCUUCUACACGGUCACCAAUCAGAGCUACCUGGCCUUCUCCACGCUCACCGCCAAGCAGUCGGCGGACAUUGCCGACACCAUGGGCCUGUCCUGUGCCUGGGUGCUGGCCGAGACUGUCACCAUGGCCGUCAUCUGCAGCUCCUGUGAUUGUCUCGCCUCGGAGGCCAAUACCACUUCCCAGAUCCUCGCGCGUGUCUACGGCAAGAGCAAGGAGUUCCAGAACAUUAUCGACAAGUUCCUCACCAAAAGCAUCAAGCAGGAUGUGCAGUUUACGGCCUACGGCUUCUUCGCCAUCGACAACUCAACGCUCUUCAAAAUCUUUUCGGCUGUGACAACUUAUCUCGUGAUUUUGAUACAAUUCAAGCAGCUGGAGGACUCCAAUGUGGAGGAUGUUGAGGUGUGA